AUGUCGCUCUGGUUCUCCAACUCCGCCUACAUCUACCUGUCCGUGUCGUUCAUCCAGAUGCUCAAGGCGCUCAUGCCCGUCGCCGUCUACUCCAUCGGCGUCCUCUUCAAGAAGGAGACCUUCAGGUCCUCCUCCAUGCUCAACAUGCUCUCCAUCUCCUUCGGCGUCGCCAUCGCCGCCUACGGCGAGGCACGCUUCGACGUGCGCGGCGUCGCCCUGCAGCUCGCUGCCGUCGCCUUCGAGGCCACGCGGCUCGUGCUCAUCCAGAUCCUGCUCACAUCCAAGGGCAUCUCGCUCAACCCUAUCACCUCGCUCUACUAUGUCGCGCCGUGCUGCUUCUGCUUCCUCGUCGUGCCCUGGGCCUUCGUCGAGCUGCCCAGGCUGCGCGCCAUCGGCACCUUCCAACCGGAUUUCUUCAUCUUUGGGACGAACUCACUCUGCGCCUUUGCGCUCAACCUUGCCGUCUUCUUUGCUAGUCGGCAAGACCUCGGCGCUGACCAUGAACGUCGCGGGAGUAGUCAAGGACUGGCUGUUGAUUGCCUUCUCGUGGUCCGUGAUCCGGGACACCGUCACCCCUGA